AUGACAUCCCAUUGGGAAGUGGUGAAGCCGACACGAGAUACAUCAGACUUUCUCAAGAUGAGACUUAACUACCCCAGGCGCAGAUUUUCGCAGGUCACAGUCCCCCAUGCACUCUUUUGCUCAAUUCGGGAACGUGCCCCAGACAGAAAAAAGGUUGAGCCGCUGCAAGCACAAAACUCUUGCAUGCAGGUCGUCCGCUUGGAUAGCUCCUUAGCAGAGAUCGCUUCUGCUCCUGGCCUGGAUCCCCGCAGAUGUUUGAAGGAGCCCAUCCUUCCCCGAGGCAUAUCGAAUUUGCGAGUUAUGGAUAUCUUGAACCUUUUCCUCGAAGGAGUUGUCGAGCAGCUGCAGAAGCCGGACGAUGCUAGUGCCAGUGGCGCUGCCGCUGCUGGAGGAAGCGCAGCCAUUGGCGCCAUAGCCACGGGCACCACAGCCACGCCGUGCACAGCGCCCUCUUUGGCCUCCUCUUCGGGUAGAUCUUCGACAAGGAGCUCCAAGUCUGACCACUCAGCCUCAUCGACACGGCCAAAAGCCAAGCCCCGUGCCACGGCCUCCGCGCGCUCCGCCUCCCCACCGCAGCCGCGGCGGGUGCCAAUGGGGGCCGGUGUGGCCGGUGUGGCCUCGGGUGCCCCGGCAGGGCCAGCAGAGCUACGAAAGCUGCGGCAGCAAGCAGCGCAGUGUCAGGAGUUCAAAGAGAUGUCAGACCAGGCCAAUCAUGAACUAGUGCGCAUCGAGGGUGAAGUACAUGAGCUUCGAGAGCAGGUCUCCCACCUCUCGCGGCAGAACAAACAGCUGCUCUUGCAGCUGCGACAGCAGCGGCUUCAGCACCAACAGGAGCUGCGGCUUUGCCGGAACGCAGCGGAGGCAUCUGGCGAAGACGUCAACCUCUUGACGUACUUGAAAGAGGCUCCAGAGCAGAAUGACAGCCAACUGGAAAAAGACAUCGAAAGCCAUAGUGGUGAUGUGCGAGUGUGCUUGCAGAAGGCGCUCAGACAUGUCCUGCUGGAACAGUUCGGGCAACCAUUGGAUUUCGAAGAUCGCACCAUGAUUGCUACCCCUCUCGAUGGUGUCCGCACGCAUGUGAGGCAACUAUGGGCGACCCUUCGUUGUCUUUGGAGGUCUGACUCCUUGCUGGAGGACAUUGUGGAGGAGUUUUUCCACAGCUUCACCACCAGGUCAACGCCAGAAGAGCCAGAGUGGCCUGAGGUUGCAGACAAUGCCGAAAAGCAGGCGUUGCAGAUGAUCGAAAGGCUAUCGCGUGAUGCCUCUUCCCCAAGCUGUGACAUGCGCAUCAAGCCCUAUCACGUGCCCGAGCCACCGAGUGCUGGAAGUGAUGCUUCGCGUUUAGGCAUGAGCACGACUGGCCGUGGGAUCACCGCGGAGGCAGCACUGAGCGAAAGUCCAGCGCGGAACGCACGGCGGCCCCGGCAGUCCCAGCUUGCAGGCGACGCAGCUUUGAAUGCGGUCAGCGCAGAAAGGUUGCCGACCAACCCAUCCUACAGCAGCCCAUUGCGCCUCGCGCGCACGAGCCGCUCUCCAUCGCCGAACGACACCCGCACGCGGGGCGUGGCGCCAAACAUGCCGGCGGUGCUCAUGGCGGGGCCAGUUCUCAGUCGAGCCAAUGGACGUUUGGCCAGGAGCGAGCGCCAAGCACAGCGCCCAACAAGGUUGCAAAGUCCAGGAGGCCCCGAGCAGUCGCUCUCGCCGCGGGUGCCCACAAAGCGUAGCGAGGUGCGGCCACGGAGCUUGUCACCUGAGAUGGCGAAGCGUUUGCAAAAGUCACAAGUGACGUGA